UCACCGUAUUACGUCAAACUUCGUGGGGAUUGUGAAAUCGAUUAAAUGCAAUUGCUUUUCCCGCAAAAAAAUACGUGUCGUCACAUGAUUACCAGUAACGGAAGUACAGCGAUCUAAACAGUCAACAAGAUGGCCUCAAACCCAGGAGGAGGUGAUCAAGGUACCAGAAAUGCCAAAGAGCAGAUACUGGAAGUAGGAGCUGUUUUGUUAAAGAACUUCAUCUAUGAGCGGAUUCAGAAGCAUGAUGGCGAUGGUGGCAAAGCUGUAGUGACCAGGCAGCAGCUCGGUGGAGGAGAACUGUCUGAUGACCACAAGAGGCUUGCCCACUGCCUGCAGCAGAUUGGCGAUGAGCUGGAUGCAAAUGCUGAACUUCAAAGUAUGAUUGAUGACUCGUCACUUAGUCCCACAAAAGAAAUUUUCAUGAAAGUCGCCUUCGAGAUUUUCUCAGAUGGAAGAUUUAACUGGGGCAGGGUGGUGGCACUCUUCUACUUUGCCUGUCGACUUGUCAUCAAAGCUCUUGUGACCCAUAUUCCUGAUAUAAUCAGGACUAUCAUCAGCUGGACCCUUGACUACCUCCGAGAAUAUGUGAUCAAUUGGAUCUCAGAGCAAGGUGGCUGGGAGGGUAUUCGUUCCCACUUUGGCACUCCCACAUGGCAGACGGUGGGGGUUUUCCUUGCCGGUGUUCUUACCACUGUUCUAGUCAUUCGUAAGAUGUAAGGGAUGUGUGAAGAGGAGAAAGAUGGGAAGAACUGCAAGUGAACAGAGAAAAGGAACAAAAGCAAAAAGAACUAGUCUGAGAGACUAGUUCUAGUGACAGUUAUAGUGACAUGAACAAGUUGAGCAUGGAAACUUGUAUGUGGACAAGGAGAAUCACCUUUUUGUUUUUACCUCCUCUUCACUUUGAGGGCUCAAGAGUUGGACUGUCAUACUCAUGAUUCCUAUGCCACAAGUGGUGUAUGCACAGACGGGGGUGGUGGAGAGGUUGUCAGUCGAGGAGUGAUUUAAAAUAAUUUAUUUUUUACUUGGUACAAACAACAAUAAGUCACUACAUUCUGUUUUUUGUCCUAAAUGAUGUACGGACCGAUAUGUUGUGAUUAAGUUAAGAGGUUCUACGUUGCAUUGUUUUCCUGGUAGCUUUGGUUCCAUUCAACUUGCUUUUCUUCCCUUUAGCUCCAUCCAUAUCAUCCUGGUGUCUGUAUGCUAGAAAUUCCAUCUUCAUAUGUAUUUUGUGAAUGCUCACUGGUGUAAAAUCUGGAAUGAUCUGCUGGCAAUAAGUGAGUGGGAAGGUGGUCAUUACCCAACAAUUUAAAGAUAUUUUUGCAAAUGUUUCUGAAAUGUAUGAAAAGGAUGAUUUAUACAAUGAGGAAAUCUUUUCUUAUAAUUGGAUAUAGGCGAUACCAAGUAAUUGUUUCUUUUUCAUGAAUACACAGUUCAACUGUAUUUUAGCAAAUGAUAAAAGUGCCACUUGUAUACAAAGUUGUUUACAUUUAACAUCAAUCAUCCCAUGGUUAAAAGUCACGUGAUUUCAGGAAAAUUACAAAGUUUAAAGUAAAUUUAGCCAUAUGCUGUUUUCAGGCAUUUCGACCUAAUGUGGCUCCUUAUAAGUCUCACUUUUGGUUUUUAAUGUGUUGUGAAUGGAGCCGCAAUACAUGAACCGAUGCUUCCUGAUGUCGUUGGAAGAAUUUGCACUGCAGAUGCAGAAAGCACUGGAUUGCUCACAGAUUACCUCACUUUACACCUUUUCCAAGUACUGUAUUUUUACGUGAGUUAUUCCAACUGCAAUCUUAUCUACACGACAAUAGGCUUUUCAUACGAUUUCCUUGUUUGUCAGUGCCUUGGUGUUUUUUUUAAUCGCAAGUCACUUUGAUAUUCUCAGAUUUUUACUUUUUACUAUCACAUUUGUAAAGUAAAAAGUUUUUCCAUGUGUUUCUGAAAAUCUCUUUUGCAGUGACCUGUAUGUUAAAAUAAAGCUUUUAACUUUUACUGUA